AUGAAAAACUCCCCCAAUCUUCAUCAACAUAGAAACUUUGUUUCCUACAUAGAAGCUUUUUAUAGAAAUUUGCGGUUUUCUAAUUUCUCUGUUGUUUCAAUGUUACCACCAAUAAUCAAAUCGCUGUACUCGACAGUAUUUAAUAUACAGAACCCAACAAUAGUUAAGAUUCCUACUCCAAUCCAUCGUGGUCGAUGCUAUUUGCCACCACAGUAUGAGAGAAAUAACCCACUAAGACUUAAAACCACCAAAAAUUUACAAUUUGUUAUAUUUCAUUCAACUGAUCAAAGAGAAAUAAAUUGA